AUAGCAAUAGUUUAAAUAAAGAAGAAGGAAUAUUCAGAAGACUAUUAUUAGCUAUAUAACAUUUUACAUUUGUCAUUUGAUCCAUAGAAUUUGCAUGAGAUCAAGUUACACUCUUUGAACUUUCGAGUCACUGUCACAGAAAAAAUAGAAUAGGAAUUGGAUCGAGUAAACAAGAUAUCUCGCAUAGUCAAGGACGACAAGGAAAUGCUCGUAAACAAGGAACUGAGCUAGAGGUUAAGGAGGUUAAGACCGUCAGUGAAAAGUGUUAUUACUUGAAGAAUGUUUAGACUCGUAUCAAUUGCGCUUAUAUGAAAUAUUUUGGCUGUUAUUAUUGGUUUUAAUCGUGUGUAUAAUUAGGAAAGUGGAAUGAAAUAUCUUGUAUUGUUAUUAAGUGUUUGACGUAUUUUAAUAAUAUCUGAUCAUUUUAAAAAUAUACCAGUUACUUCUAACCCACUUUAUUGGCUCCAUUCCAAGUACCGUUGUUUUGGGAUGAAUUGUGUUUUGGUUUUCUUUUUAUGACAACUUAAAAGAACCGAACCAAGACUGUUAAAGAACUGAGAUUACCUAUGCAUAAUGUCAAAGAAAGUGGUAGCGUAUUUUUACAAUCCAGAUGUGGGCAAUUUCCACUAUGGACCAGGGCAUCCAAUGAAACCUCAUCGACUGUCAGUGAUUCAUAGUCUAGUUCUCAAUUAUGGCUUGUAUAAAAAAAUGCAAAUAUACAGACCAUAUAGAGCCAGUGCUCACGAUAUGUGUCGUUUUCAUUCUGAUGAAUAUAUAGAAUUUCUCCAACGAGUCACCCCACAGAAUCUUCAAGGAUUCACCAAAUAUUUGAGUCAUUUCAAUGUUGGUGAUGAUUGUCCUGUGUUUGAAGGUCUCUUUGAUUUCUGUUCUAUGUACACUGGAGCUUCACUUGAAGGUGCAAUGAAAUUAAAUAAUGGCUGUUGUGACAUAGCAAUUAAUUGGUCGGGAGGUCUUCAUCAUGCUAAAAAAUUUGAAGCAUCAGGAUUUUGCUAUGUAAAUGAUAUUGUUAUUGGUAUAUUAGAACUUUUAAAAUAUCAUGCAAGAGUGUUGUAUAUUGAUAUUGAUGUACAUCAUGGUGAUGGUGUGCAAGAGGCAUUUUAUUUGACUGAUCGUGUGAUGACAGUGUCUUUUCAUAAGUAUGGAAAUUACUUUUUUCCUGGAACUGGAGAUAUGUAUGAAGUGGGCGCUGAGAGUGGAAGAUAUUACUCUGUAAAUGUUCCACUUAAAGAGGGAAUAGAUGAUAAUAGCUAUUUAAGUGUUUUUAAGCCAGUUAUAUCAAGUGUCAUGGAAUUCUAUAGACCAACAGCUAUUGUACUUCAGUGUGGAGCAGAUUCAUUAGCCAAUGACCGUUUAGGAUGUUUCUCUCUCUCUACGAAGGGCCAUGGAGAAUGUGUAAAAUUUGUUCGAGAUUUGGGGGUGCCUUUAUUGACUGUUGGAGGCGGAGGUUACACUUUGCGUAAUGUUGCUCGGUGUUGGACAUAUGAAACUUCACUGCUAGUCGAUGAAAAUAUUAGCAAUGAACUUCCAUACACUGAAUAUUUGGAGUAUUUUGCUCCCGAUUUUACACUUCAUCCAGAUGUGGUAACUCGUCAAGAAAAUGCUAAUUCAAAACAGUAUCUGGAAGCAAUCACAAAACAAGUGUAUGAUAACUUGAAGAUGUGUCAGCACUCACCUAGUGUUCAGAUGCAGGAUAUACCUGAUGAUGCUUUUCCUUCAUUGUUGGAUGGAAGUCAUGAGCCAGAACCUGACCCAGACACUCGUCUUCCUACGGCAGAAGAAGAUCGUCGUAUUGAACCUGACAAUGAAUUUUAUGAUGGUGAAAAAGAUCAGGACAAAAGUGAACCUGGGGAUUCAUAAAAAACAGUGAGACUACAUAAUGACAAUAAACUGACAUUCAAAACUGUAUGUAUUGUAAAGACUUACAUUAUUUGAAACUUGUGUUCACAGCUAGGACAUUCCCAUCGAAUCUUUUAGAAGUAAUAUUUUGGCUGUUUUAUUUAGUGACAGUAUAUUGUAAUUUAAUGCUGCGCUAAGUUGAAAUAUACUAUGUAUGUAAUUGGUCUUUCAAUUUUAUUAAAAAAGGUAAAGUAACAUUAAUGAAUAUAAUUUUAUUCUGUUCAAACAUACUUCAAUUGAUCUUGAAGACCAGAACUGUCAUACAUCAGAUCAAGUAUUUUGAAUUUAAUUGUGAAUUACGCUACUUGACUUACACCUCUCUAUUAUUCAGAUAUUGAUGACUCUUAACAAAUUAAUUUUGUUGAUACCAGCACAGAAAUGUAUAUGAUAGAAAAGUGACUGCUUAUAAAGAAUUUGACUUUACAUUUGAAUUUAAAUGCAGUUCCUGAAUUGAUGCAGCUGAACACUAAUAACAACUUUGUGGUUUAGAAAACCAAAUGAUCAGUUUAAUUUUUUGUAUAACAUUCAGAAAACACUCUUUUGGCAUUCUUGGAUGAAUACUUAGUGAUUGGAAAACUAGGUUUUAACUUUCAAUUCAAAUAAGAUGAUUUCUCUUUAUUGUUCAUGUCUAAAAUAGUUUUUAAGUUUAUUUUUCUACUCUUCAACUAACUUAGUGACCUUCCCAAAGGAGGAAAUGUGUUUUGUCAUCCAAACAUGACCUCUCCUGUCCCCUCAGUCCACCAGGAUGAUGGAACAAAUGUUGUUUAUGAGUACUUUUAUUAAUAUGUAAUGGUAGACAUUAGUGCAUUUGUAAUAUUGUACGAGAAAUAUAACAGUUUUGUAAUGAAGUUUUGGUUGCUAUUUUGGUAAAUAUAUGUAUUGAAUAUUAUUCAUACUCAUUGUAAAGUUACAUUUUAUUAAGAAAAACAUCAGCCUUAUACUUUUCAUUUGUUCCCAACUUUUCUUUGUGAAACAUUCACAUUCAUCUCUACAGCCUUCAGCAAAAGUUUGUUUUUUGAAAUAAAAUUGAAGGGAACCAAAUUUGAAUCAUUAGUCUGAAAGUUCUGUGCAACAUUAUUAUUUCUUGGAGAUAUUGCUACAAACUACAUUUCAGAAACAGUAAUGAAUAAUAAUAUAUUUAUUUUAUAUAUUUUUACAACAAUCAUCAUCAUCAUCAUCAGUGCAUGUAUUUUGAUACAACAGUAAUAAAAAAAAGUAUGUCAUGCAUAAGAAAGAAUGAUUUUGCUCAUGUAAUUCUCUUCUGAAAACUAUGUCAAUUAAAAAUAUUUGAACAUUUGGCCUUAAUAGAUAUGUGUGUUAAUUUUUCUUUCAAUGGAGUGAAAUAUGUAUUUGUAUGUAAAUCCACAAAUGCAACACACACUCCUUGUGCUAUCUUUUGUACAGACGCCAUACGCCUGUAAACUAAAAAUAUACAAAUAGAAAACCAUUGACAAUCU